GAAUAAACCUGGGUAUGCAGUCUCUCCCUCCUCGUCAUUUUUCAGUUUUAUUUCCUUUUUUCCGAGCCUGUAGUUUCUCCAAUUAGAGUGUUCAGAUUUGGCAAAUCGAAGCUCGUUAGCUCAAUCUCUAGAAAUCUGUUUAGUUUCAGUUAAAUGGUUUAGGAUUGGUUUUUGCCCCCGCCUCCGCCGCUAUCUAUGUUUUCGAUUUGGAGUGGAUGAACUUAUGAAAAUGGUGUUAACAUCCCAAGUUUUCUUUCCUUUCCCAUAAAUUUCCUGGCAGCCAAGCAGAGCGUUUCUGAUAGUUUAGGACCUGAUCAGGGACAGAUUGGAUGACAAAGCCUCAAACAUAAAACACUCAUGGCUGAGGGUACGGAAAUUGAAGAGAGGGUGGAUCUUGAUGAGGACAACUACAGCGAAGAGAUUGAUGAUGAUGUCGAAGAACAUAUAGAAGACGAAGGAGCAGAUAGAGGUGAUGAUGAAAAUGUUGAAGGAGUUGAAAAUUCAGAAACUUGGGAUGCUCAGAAAGAUCAGAUGCUCGAAGCUAAUGGAGACCAAAUAGCCACUGAACCUGUUGAAGACAAAGCAAAGCCUACUACUUCCAAUGACGAAGGUGACAAAGAUAAGCAUUCCCAUCUUCUUGCUCUUCCUCCCCAUGGAUCGGAAAUUUUCAUCGGUGGGCUUCCUCGAGAUGUCCGGGAAGAAGAUUUGCGCAAUCUCUGUGAACCAUUAGGCGAAGUUCAUGAGAUAAGGCUGAUGAAAAAUAGGGAUACUGGUGAAAGCAAGGGCUACGCUUUUAUAGCUUUCAAGUCAAAAGAUGUUGCACAAAAGGCCAUUGAAGAGUUACAUAAUAAGGAAUUCAAGGGAAAAAUGAUACGAUGCUCGCUGUCUGAAACAAAGCACAGAUUAUUUAUUGGAAACAUCCCAAAGAGCUGGACGGAUGAUGAUUUUAGAAAAGUCAUCGAGGAGGCUGGACUUGGAAUUGAUAACAUUGAGCUUAUAAAGGAUCCUCAAAAUCCAAGCCGUAAUCGUGGUUUUGCAUUCAUUGAGUAUUACAACAAUGCCUGUGCUGAUUAUUCAAGACAGAAGAUGUCAAGUGCAAAUUUUAAGCUGGAUGGCAAUACACCAACUGUCAGCUGGGCUGAUCCAAAGAGUACACCAGACCACGCUGCUGCUGCUCAGGUGAAAGCCCUUUAUGUGAAAAACAUACCAGAAAAUACAACGUCUGAACAAUUGAAGGAAUUAUUUCAGCGCCAUGGGGAAGUUACAAAAGUUGUCUUGCCCCCUGCCAAAUCUGGUAACAAGCGGGAUUUUGGAUUCAUCCAUUAUGCAGAAAGGUCAAGUGCAUUGAAAGCUAUCAAAGAUGCCGAGAAAUAUGAAAUGCAUGGUCAGGUGCUGGAAGUUACCCUUGCUAAGCCUCAGACUGAUAAAAAGUUUGAUGGGCCUGCUCUCCAUGGUUCCGGGCUUCAUUCAAGUUAUCUUCCACAUCCUGGGUAUGGUAGUCUUCCUGUAAAUCCAUAUGGCUCUCUGGCUGCUGGGUACGGUGUUUCCACUGGAUUUCAGCAGCCUGUGAUAUACGGUAGGGGGCCAAUGCCAGCUGGUAUGCAAAUGGUGCCAAUGGUUCUGCCAGAUGGUCGCAUUGGCUAUGUUCUACAGCAGCCUGGAGGACAGAUGCCACCUCCAAGACCUCGUAGAAAUGAUCGGAGCAAUGGCUUAAGUGUACACCAAGGGCGAGGAGGAAGUGGCAGUGAUGAUGGGAAUCGUGGCAGGCGGUAUCGACCUUAUUAGUCCUACAGGACUAGAAGGGAGUAGAAAUAUGUUAUAGUUGGAUGAUUAUCAGUUGCCUAACAGAAUAACUAGCCCCCUCAACUUGCCCCUGCCAAAGAGAUUACCCACCCCCGAAAAUGGGGUAAAUUGUUGGAAGCAUGAGACGGGUAAAAUGUUGUCACCUGACUUAAAAAGUGGAGAUUAGCUAUUGACUCUUCUAUGUCGGACAAUGUCUAGCAUCAAUUUAUUCCCAUGUUUGCUCUACCUGGAUUCUGCAGAAAAAACAAGAGUUGUUUAAAGAGGUAAUACAAACUACACCCUCCCAGCUUGCAUUGCAAAUUGUUGUCCAGUAUUAUGUGUCUUUGUGGACCAAACAAUUCAAGGACAUCUGUUCCCUUUUGUGAUUUGAUUCCAUCAGCUCUUUGAUGA